GUUGAAUACAAAUGUUGAGCUGUUUCGCGCUCUCCAAACUGUGCUUGUUGAAGGAGAUACGGUUCCUACAGAUGCAGUUGACCAGCGGAUUGCUGAACUCUUCAUGUUUGAUUUUGAGCAAAGUGGAAUUCAUCUUGAUGACCAGAAGCGGAAACAGUUUGUGAAGUUGAAUGGAAAUAUUCACAUGCUAGGCACAUUUUUUCAAAGAGGGGCACAAAAGUCAGUGGGAAUACCUAAAAGUAAAUUGCCAGAAAAUUUACAACAUGUGUUUGGUGCUGAGGGUGACAACAUCACAGUUACUGGCCUCUUCUCAGAUCAUUACAGCAGUUUGGUGCGGGAAGCUGCUUACAGAAUCUUCCUGUCUCCUGACCCUCACCAGGCUGAGAUACUGGAGGCUCUUCUCACAGCAAGGUUCAAGCUGGCCCAGCUGGUUGGAUUUGAUACCUACUCCCACAGGGCCAAUCGAGGGACCAUCAUUGAAUCACCAGAAAAUAUUGUUGCCUUUUUGGAUCUGUUAUCUAAAGAGUUGAAGCCAAGGGCCCAGAUGGACUACGAUGAUAUGCUUUUACUGAAACAGCAGCAGGAGCCACAAGCAAAGGACAUCAUGCCAUGGGAUCCUCCAUUCCUGUCAGGCCUUGGUCGACAGAAAAAGAGCACCAUGUCUAACGUGGACUGCCUGCCCUACUUCUCUCUGGGCUGUGUGAUGGAGGGCUUGAACCAGCUCUUCCAAUGUCUCUUUGCUGUGUCAUUACAGCACGUAGAGAUGGAGCCAGGGGAGGCUUGGCAUGAUGACAUAUAUAAACUGGCUGUUGUACACAGCACACAAGGCGUGCUGGGCUACAUUUACUGUGAUUUCUUUGAGAGAUACGGGAAGCCAAAUCAGGAUUGCCACUUCACCAUUCAAGGAGGUCGUCAGCUAGACAACGGAAGCUACCAGCAUUCUGUGGUGGUGCUGCAGCUGUCCCUGCCUGCCCCUCGAGGGUCCAGUGUUCCCACUCUUCUCAGUCCCGGCAACGUUGACAACCUGUUCCAUGAGUUUGGUCAUGCGAUGCACUCAAUGCUCGGCAGGACUAGAUAUCAGCAUGUCACAGGAACUAGAUGUUCCACAGACUUUGCAGAAGUUCCAUCUGUACUCAUGGAAUUCUUUGCUGCAGACCCGAGAGUGAUAUCUACGUUCGCUCGGCAUUACAAGACUGGAGCACCCAUGCGGCCUUCUGAUGUGAAGAAUUUGUGUGACUCAAAAAAGAUAUUUUUGGCCUCGGACAUGCAGCAGCAGGUUUUCUUCUCCAUGUUGGACCAAGUCUACCAUGGCCCGCACCCACUGCCAGGUUCCUCUACAGAGAUCCUAGCCCAGGUGCAGUCCAAGUAUUACAGCAUUGACUAUGUCAAGGAUACAGCAUGGCAGCUGAGAUUUGGUCACCUGGUGGGCUAUGGAGCCAAGUACUAUGCUUAUCUUGUAUCACGAGCCAUUGCAGCACAGAUCUGGCAUACAUGUUUCAAGGCGGACCCUUUCAAUAGAUCCAUGGGCUCUAGGUACAGAAAUGAAAUCUUGGCACACGGAGGAGAGAAACAUCCAGUACAGAUUAUCCAAGACAUGCUGGGGCAGCAGCCAACAGUAGAAAAUCUGGUCAAGUCCUUGAUUGUUGAUCUGGAUGAGAGUGUCCAGCAGCUGGACAGGUUGUGA